AUGGAGAGUACGAGUUCGAUGAAGGAGGUUGCAAGGAUUGUCGGAACUGAGAAGAGGAGGGGGAGAAGAGUUGUUGCUAGGGUGAAGAAAUCCUCGACCCCCCACGCGCAACUGGAACUCCGGCAUGCUAUACUACCCGUCCCCGAGCCAGGGAAUGGAGAGGUAUUGGUUAAGUUGGAGUGCACUGGGUUCUGUCACUCGGUUCUGCGUUGCAUUCAUGGCGAGUUACCCCUGAGUAUUAAUGUCGUGGGUCAUGAGGGUGUGCGGGAGGAGUAUGUUGUCUCUCCGGCGGAUUUCGUGUCCCUGAUCCCCGAGAACCUGGCGCCGGAGGCCGUAGCGCUGUUGCUGUGUGCCGGCUUGACCAUGUACGGUGCCUUGAACAAGCUCGAUAAGUACUGUGACAAGGGCGAUUGGGUGGUGAUCAUGGGUGCCGGCGGUGGUUUAGGCCAUCUAGGAAUUCAAGUAGGCAAAGAAAUGGGAUACAGAGUCAUCGCCGUAGAUAGCGAAUCCAAACGUGACAUAUGCAUGCGAUCCGGCGCGGAGGCAUUCGUCGAUUUCCCGAGACAGCCCCUCACGGACGGCAUCGGCGCCCACGCCGUGAUCGUUGUCGUCGGACUGAAAAAAGCCUGCGAGCAGAGCGUCAACUUCCUCCGGCCCGUGGGCACGCUCGUCUGCGUCGGCCUCCCCCGCCCGGACUACCACCUCCGCGUCUCGCCGUUGAUGUGCGUGGACCGCGGGUACAGGAUUGUGGGCAGCGCCGUGGGCACCGGAGAGGAGAUGCAGGCUUUGCUGAAGUUGGCGGCGGACGGUAAGCUCUCGACGCACGUUCGGGUCUCUGGGUUUGAGCAGAUCAAUGAGGUUGCGGGGUUGUUGGAGCGGUUCGAGGUCGAGGGACGGGCGGUGUUGCGGAUGCCGUAG